CUUCCGAUUAUCUAUUUUCAGCUUAUUCGGUGAUUGUUUCACUACGUAAAUCGGAAAAAUACCCAUAAGUUUUGCCGAUUCAUGAUUGGUUUCGUUUGAUUAAAUAUAUAUAUAUUUACGUCCCCCUGAACAUUUUAAAGUGAAACACAACAGGACAACGAAAAUUACAAGAACAUGUUUGGAUUUGGUCAGAUGUUCCCAGAGAUGGGUCGUAACUUUCAGACAACAUACCGUUGUUACUCUGUAACGAUGCUAGGCGACAGAGAAGAUGUAGAAAGGGGAGGAAAAAUUAUCAUGCCGCCGUCCGCUUUAGAUCAACUUACUCGUCUCAACAUACAAUAUCCCAUGUUAUUCAAAUUAACCAAUAAAAAGUCUAACCGUGAGUCACAUUGUGGUGUUCUUGAAUUUGUAGCUGAUGAGGGUAGAAUCUAUAUUCCAUACUGGAUGAUGCAGAAUUUGUUAUUAGAUGAAGGAGGAUUGGUUCAAAUAGAAAAUGUUUCCCUGUCUGUUGCAACGUUUGCCAAAUUUCAACCACAAUCAGUCGACUUUCUCGAUAUCACAAACCCGAAAGCAGUAUUGGAAAAUGGUUUACGGAAUUUUGCGUGUUUAACGAAGACAGAUGUAAUAGCUAUCAAAUAUAAUGAUAAGGUCUAUGAAUUGUGUGUUUUAGAAACCAAACCGGGGAAUGCUGUAUCUAUAAUAGAGUGCGAUAUGAACGUUGAUUUUGCAGCACCUGUUGGAUAUAAAGAACCUGAUUAUAAACAACAACAACAUCAAGAUAUAGAGGAAGACAGUGAUCUAAUUGAUGGUGAUGAUGAUCUAGCAGAGGCCUUCAGAGCGUUUAGUGGACAAGGUAACAGAUUAGAUGGUAAAUUAAAAGGAACCCAAAGCUGUCCAUCCAGAUUAGAAAAUGAAGGAAUAAGAAGGGGUAUACCUAAUUACAAUUAUAAAAUAGGGACCGUCACGUUUAUACGAACCCAGAGACCUAUCAAUAAUGGAAUAGAUAAUGAUGAUAUUAACACAGAUUUCGAAGCGUUUUCUGGACAAGGUCAAAGUUUACGGAAGAAAGGAAGGAAAUAAUCAUGUUAUAUUUUUAUACUGUGUAUGUCAUCUUGUCAUUUAUAUGUAUAUAUAUCACCAGUCGUGAUAAUCUGCCAUUUGUCUUUAACAUGGGGACUCUCCGUUUCUUCGGAGUCAAAACUUUAACACAGUGACUCUUCGUUCUUCGGAGUCAAGUAGAGCUCUCAAGUUGAACUCUCAAGUAGAGCACUACACACAAGUAAAAAACACUGCAUCUUUUUUUUCUGUUAAAAUCGUCCGUUUAACUUUUCAACUUUAGAAAAAUAUGAAUGGUUAGAUUUAGUAAGUGUACAUUAUUAAAAUCUUCCGUUUAACUUUUCAACUUUAGCAAAAUAUGAAUGGUUAUAUUUAGUAAACCUACAUUAUUGUUGUACCACCUUUAGCAUGUAAAUAUUGACUACCACAUACAGUUCUUUGAUGAAAAUUAAUUCACACCAUUAUAUCUCUUACAUUACUGUUUGCUACUGAGCCACAUGAUGCCAUUUCACUUCUGAUCAUUCAGGGUCUCCUGUUUAAUUUGGUUCACUACUUAAUCUAAGCAUAGUACUAGCCCGGUUACAGGAUUCCAAAUAAUGUGUGUAGUAUUAAGUACUCAUAUACAUGCAAGUGGAAUAAAGUAAUGUCCUUUGGAACUCUGAAAACAAUAAUUGCCUGUUUGUAUUAUUUAUAAUCAGUCGAUUGUAUAUGAGAUAUGAGUAAUUUGUGUGGAGUAUACACAGUGUUUUGUCGGUGAUUUUUUAUUUGUGUAUUUUAUGUAAGAUGAAUUGUGUAUUUAUUUCUGUUUUGUUUAUUUAACCAUAAUAUUACAUUAUUAAAGUCACGAUAGUCCUAGGGAUGUGAAAAUUAAAACAAGCAUAGUUCUGUUCCAAACACCUUACUUAUCACAAAUCAAUAUUUUAUCAAGAAUUUUUGAAAGACACCUCCGAAUGAGGAAUACUCUUUCUAGAGUAUUUGACAGAUAACAAUUCUAGGAUGUUAACAUAAUAUGAAACAUUACUGGGACUUGAAUUACAACAAGAAGUGUUAUUAUGCUAUUUAAAGAUACAUUAUGGGAGAUUAGAUAAAGAGCUGGCAGUUCUCACUAUAAUAGUUAAAAACUAGAUAAUUUAAAGGGAAUUUGCUGAACCAAGAAUUUAGCGAUUGAAUUUUAGGCCUAGCCUCGAUCAUCAUUACUAAAGUCGGUACGAUAAAAAACAGUCUGAAUUAUCCAUUUUUUAUUUAAUCAUCAAUGAGCGUUUAGCAGCAGAUCGGAUUCUUAUUCAGUAAAUAUCAUAGGCUAGCGAUGACAUCGAGAGUUGAUUAUGGUCUGGAUAAGUUAAUUAAUGGCUAAUUAAUAAUUUAGAUAACAUUUCAGACCCCUACGAGCAAGCGAAUUAUUGAAAUAAAAUCGAACCAUGUGUUAGUCCCAAAAUGACCUAGAUUGUGUUGAGUGGACGUUAAACCCCAUUUCUCUCUCUCUCUCUUUCUCUCUCUCUCUCUAGUUCUUCGGAAGGUUGUGAUAAAAAUUUAAUGGAUUAGGUCACCAAUGCAUAAUAGUUGAACAUUUCACUGAGUGGCAAGGGCUGACAACCGAGACUUCAUUUAUUAUCUUGGCAAUAUGAUACUUGACAAUUCAUCCAGAUUUUCCGGCGUGGUUUCCCCUUGUCAUUGAUGCAGGACGGAGGGCCUGACAAGGACAGCUGUCUAGUCGUUUGGAUGGGACUAUAAAGCAAGGUCCUGUGUACAUAUUUGCAUGCACGUAAAAGGUCCCUUGGCAGUUUGAAUUCGAUAUAAGAGUAGGCCGUAGCGCCAUUGCCCGGGCAAAAUUUCCCUCAUAGCACACUAUAUGGCGCAUGCCCGUCUUCAUUAGCCCAGUUUGGAGCAGAACAGUAGGACGUUAAACCCCAUUUCAUUUCAUUUCAUUUGGUACUUAACAAUCAGUGAUUUCUUGUCAAAACUUCAAACACUUAUAAAUUUUUAAUUGUCUAUUUUAUUAUAGCAAGAACGGACAGCUCUUUAUCUAAAUCUUACAUAGUGUAUCUUAAAUAAUCAAUGUUGUUUCCACAAUCCUUUAAUGUUGUUUCCACAAAAAGAUGUUGAGCUUUAAUAGAAAUCAAUCAGAUAUCUGAGAAACACACAGUGUACUAUAGGAGUUUAAACAUGCAUUAUGCAAGAGCUAAAUCUGAUUAAUUUAGGCUUCAGAUGUUAUAGAAAUUAUAAAUUAGAUCUUUAUUUAAACAACAAGACCAAAAUCAACUCGGUAGACCCCUGGAUGGCUCGGCUACAGCUCAGAUUUAAAUAGGAUUUCACUAAUUGAUUAAAUCCAAUAAGGGGUAACCUGAUGAAAAUACGUCAGUUAGAUCGAGGCUAAAUGAUAGAGUGUACUUAGCGAUGCCGCUGUAAAGCAUUUCGGUAUGCCAUUGAAAACUUUACUUGAUAAUCGAGAUAUGUAGGUGGAGUUAACGCCUGUCAAUCAAACGAUCAGCGAAGGUGAAGACACAAUUAGCUACCAUUUCUAGGCAAAUAUUCUUCUUUCAUCGUCUACUUUUGAACUGUUAUAGCAAGAAUGGCCAACUCUCUAUAAAAAUCUCCCAUAAUGUAUCUUUAAGUGGUUUUAUAUUUCCGAUUUAAAGAUGAUAUAAUUUAUUGCAAAUACAUGUAUAUACAAGAAAAUUAAAUACAUCUAUUUCAUUA